AUGGCGUCUGCUAAAUUCAUCAAAGUAGUUCUUCUUGGUGAUCAGGGAGUUGGAAAAACGUCUCUUCGGUCUCAGCUUUUGUACCACUAUUUCAGCAGUAGCUACAAAGCAACAAUAGGAGCAGACUUUCUUAUGUACAAGAUGAAAACUAGUGAGGACGAGUUUGUGGAUCUCCAAAUUUGGGACACAGCAGGACAAGAACGAUUCAACGCAGUUAGUCGAGCUUUUUACAGAGGUGCAGAUAUAGGCAUCUUUGUGUACGACAUAAGCAGCAGUGAUAGCUUUUAUAACCUAGCGAAAUGGAUCGAUAAGUUCACAGCAAAUACAAGCGACUCCAAACCAUUGAUCAUGAUUGUGGGGAACAAAUUAGAUAACGAAACCAUUCGUCAAAUCAGUUAUCGGCAGGCGAAGGAGUUUUCCAGAACACAACUUGAAGAGGGAAUGAUAGAAAACUCUGAUUUGGACGUGGUAGAGACCAGUGCGAAAAACUAUAGAGAUGUAGAGAAGCUAUUUAUGAGAUGUGGUGAGUUAGGAGCCAUCAAGAUGAAAAAUAACGAUUUGAUGUCAAUGAGCUUUGAUGGUAUUGAUGUUGCUAUGGAACCUUCAGCCGAGGCUGCAGGAGAAGGAAGUAGGGGAUGCUGUUGA